UUCUAUGCAAUGCACGAAAAGAUUGCCCCGGUUUCUGCAGCAACUUCCAUCCCUAGUUUAAAUCAGGUGGCAACACUCUCUUUUCACAAGAAACGUUUCGCGAUUCCGUGCUACAGCCGCUUUUCUUAGGUAAACAUGCCAGAGCUGACUGAAAUCAAAAACGAGGCACCCUCGACCUCCGCUGAGGCUAAGCAGACCGAGGAUGACGUUCGCGUCGAGGAUGAUGGCAGCGAGAGCGAUUCGGAAAUUCCCGAGUUGGAGGAAGCCGACACUGGCACCACACAACUGGGCGGUGGCCAAACCGGCCUGCCCAUCGAUGUUGUGUCCAAGGCUAAGCAGUCGCGUGGCGAGAAGAAGGCACGCAAAAUCAUGCUCAAGUUGGGCCUGAAGCAAAUCCAGGGCGUUAACCGUGUCACCAUUCGCAAGUCGAAGAACAUUCUGUUCGUCAUCAACAACCCAGAUGUGUACAAGAACCCCCACAGCGACACAUACAUUGUGUUCGGCGAGGCCAAGAUCGAAGAUCUGUCGCAGCAAGCGCAGGUUGCCGCUGCUGAGAAGUUCAAGGCCCCAGAGGCUGCUGGUGCUUCCGACAGCGUGGGUGCCACCACAUCUGUGGCUCCUAUCGCCGAAGAGGAUGAGGAAGAGAUCGAUGACACUGGCGUCGACGAAAAGGACAUUGAGCUGGUCAUAACGCAGGCGAACACGACGCGUGCCAAGGCCAUCAAGGCGCUGAAGAACAACAGCAAUGACAUUGUCAAUGCCAUCAUGGAGUUGACAAUGCUCUAAAAGCAUUAAACCGAUGAACUUGGUUGCUUUCGUUGAUUACCCGCCUUUCGAUACAAUAUUACCAACAAACAACAACACAUAAACAAAUAAUUAUGAUACCCCCAAAAAUGUUAUGAGGCAUGCAACUCUGCAUGUCUAGUACACCAGUCGAACAUUUAACAAUUUAUCAGGAGAAGAAUAAAGUGACGUAAACUUUAUAAGUA